GAGAAAUAAAAAGGGCGAGAGGCGAAGAAAGCUUUCUCUCUCUGACUUCUCUGUCUGUCUGUCUCUCUCUCUCUCUCUAGCGUUACUCCUCACUUCGCUGGCGUCCAAUUCGUCCUUGUAUUCCUUCACAGUGACGCAGAGCCCACGCGCGCAGCUUUGGAAUGUUAAAAGGCGCGGCGAAGCAAGGAGAAGAUGGACGGACUGCCUCCCGGUUACCGCCCCAACUUCGGCGUCUGCCUCAUCAAUUCCGACAAUCAGGUUUUUGUUGCUUCCAGGUUAAAUGUUCCAGGAGCUUGGCAGAUGCCUCAGUGGUGUCAGGGGGCUAUUGAAGAUGGCGAGGAGCCUAAACUUGCUGCUAUCAAGAAACUACGUGAAGAAACUGGUGUAGUGUCUGCUGAGAUUAUUGCUGAGGUUCCAAAUUGGUUGACCUAUGACUUCCCUCCCACUGUGAAGGCCAAAGUGAAUCGUCUCUGGGGUGGUGAGUGGCAUGGGCAGGCUCAAAAGUGGUUUCUCAUGAGACUGACAAAAGACAAUGACAGCGAGAUCAACUUAGCAAAUGGUGAAGCCGACACAGAGUUUGCAGAGUGGAAAUGGGCAAGCCCGGAAGAAGUCAUAGAGCAGGCUGUGGACUACAAGAGGCCACAAUAUGAGGAAGUCAUGAAAACCUUCGAACCCUAUCUCAAUGGAAGCAGCAUAUCAGCUAAGUGUAAAUCAACAAAGUGGUGAACGUUUAGGCUUCAUGGGUAGAUCUCUCUUUUGUUCAUAGGUAAAAGGUUUGAACAUAGUAGUACCCUGCUCUCUGUAAAUGAACAAGUGAGUUUAAUUUGUAAGCUUUGGAGGUCAUCUUUAACAUAAUCCUGUCCUUUAGUUUUGCUAAUCAA